UUUUUUUAAUUUAAAAAUACCCAAAAAAAGAAAAAAAAAUAUAAAAUAAAAAUAUCUAAUUAGCUUUCAACCUCAAGCUCACACACUCACCCACUCUCUCUCUCCUCUUCCUAUAUUAACCCCUCAAUCCCCUCUCCUCUUUCUUUGCCAUUCUCCCUCCUUUCCCAGAUUCAAUCUCUUGAUCUUCCCACCAACCUCAAACAUGAAGGUUAUUGACAAGAUCAAAGCUUCAGAAUCAUCCAAUCAAACCCUUUUCUCUUUUGAAUUCUUUCCCCCUAAAACCGAAGAUGGUGUUGAAAAUCUCUUCGAAAGAAUGGAGAGAAUGGUCUCACAUUCCCCUUCUUUCUGCGACAUUACUUGGGGUGCUGGUGGAUCUACUGCUGAUCUCACCUUAGAAAUCGCUAAUCGUAUGCAAAACAUAGUUUGUGUUGAGACUAUGAUGCAUCUUACUUGCACUAACAUGCCUGUUGAGAAGAUUGAUCAUGCUCUUGAUACUAUUAAGUCUAAUGGGUUGCAAAAUGUUCUUGCUCUUCGUGGUGAUCCGCCUCAUGGACAGGAUAAGUUUGUUCAGGUCGAAGGCGGGUUCGCCUGCGCCCUUGAUCUUGUUAAUCAUAUGAGGAAGAAAUAUGGGGAUUACUUUGGGAUUACUGUUGCUGGGUACCCUGAGGCACACCCUGAUGCUAUUAGUGAGAAUGGUUUGGCAACUCCAGAAGCAUAUGCUAGUGAUCUGGCUUACUUGAAGAAAAAGGUUGAUGCUGGUGCUGAUCUUAUCGUCACACAGUUGUUUUAUGACACUGAUAUCUUUCUGAAGUUUGUUAAUGACUGCCGUCAAAUUGGAAUCAAUUGCCCAAUUGUUCCUGGCAUUAUGCCCAUUAAUAACUACAGAGGAUUUAUAAGAAUGACCGGUUUCUGUAAAACCAAGAUUCCUCAAGAGAUCACUGAUGCAUUGGAGCCCAUCAAGGACAACGACGAAGCAGUGAAAGCCUAUGGUAUUCAUCUUGGAACUGAAAUGUGCAAGAAGAUUUUGGCUAGUGGAAUCAAACAGCUGCAUCUGUAUACCUUGAAUAUGGACAAGUCUGCUCUAGGAAUAUUGCUGAACCUUGGAUUGAUUGAGGAGUCCAAAAUUCAAAGGCCAUUACCUUGGAAAAGGCCAGCUAAUGUUAAUCGCACUAAGGAAGAUGUCCGGCCCAUUUUUUGGGCUAACCGUCCAAAAAGCUACAUUACCCGUACUAAGGGAUGGGAUCAAUACCCACAAGGGCGAUGGGGUGAUGCUCGUAAUGCUUCUUAUGGAGCAUUAAGUGAUCAUCAGUUUAUGAGGCCACGUUCACGUGAUAAGAAGCUGCAAGAAGAAUGGGCUGUUCCACUCCAAAGCGUUGAAGAUAUAAAUGAGAUAUUCAAGAACUUUUGCCUUGGUAAGCUGAAAAGCAAUCCUUGGUCUGAAAUAGAUGGUCUUCAGCCAGAAACUAAGAUCAUAGAUGAACAACUGAGCAACAUUAAUAAGAAGGGCUUCCUCACUAUCAACAGCCAACCUGCAGUUAAUGGAGAAAGAUCAGACUCCCCCUCUGUUGGAUGGGGUGGACCUGGUGGAUAUGUAUACCAGAAGGCUUACGUGGAAUUCUUUUGCUCAAGGGAGAAGUUAAAUGCGCUUGUUGAAAAAUGCAAAGGCCUCACACAUAUAACCUACAUGUCGGUGAACAAAGGAGGAGAUUGGAUCUCAAAUGUCGGUCAAACUGAUGUGAAUGCAGUGACAUGGGGUGCAUUCCCUGCUAAGGAGAUUAUACAACCAACCGUUGUGGAUCCUGCUAGCUUUAUGAUCUGGAAAGACGAGGCAUUUGAAAUCUGGUCAAGAUCAUGGGCUCAAUUGUAUCCUGAGGGCGACUCAUCCAAGAAAUUGCUUGAAGAGGUGCAAAACAGCUACUACUUGGUCAGCUUGGUCGACAAUGAUUACGUCACUGGUGAUCUGUUUUCUGUUUUCGCUACUCUUUGAGAUAAGAGUGUUACUUCUACAUUAUUUCUCUAUUUGCUUAAUAUUGUAUCCAAUUGGGCAUGAACUUUGUCCAUCCCCAGUGUUGCCAUUAGAUUUAGUUGAGCUUGUAAUACCAUAAUCUUGUGGGAUUUUGCGGAUCUCCCAAGCCUCCCAAUGCAAAUUGCAUGGUGAGUUUCAUCUACUUAUUGCGCCUUUUGUACCAUUUGAUUUGAAAUAUGUAAGCAUUUGCCUCUGGUUCUGCAAUAUUAAUCGUUUACCUGGGUAAUCUCGCAAGAAAUUGAAUAGGCUGAUGUCGUGAGCAAUAUCGAUGAAAUGUACUGUACAACCUAUUGUACUAUAAGUUUAAGCAUCAACCAUUUAAUAGCUUUUCAAGGAAGGUUGCAUUUAAGAAUUCAA